AUGUCUCAAAAUCGUGUAUGGUUUGUUACUGGUACUAGCUCAGGAAUUGGAAAAGAAAUUGCGAAGGCAGUCUUAAAGGGAGGUGACAAGGUCAUUGCUGCAGCUCGUAAUUUAGACAGCAUUAAGGAUUUGAAAGAAUUAGGAGCACAUACAUUGCAACUCGAUGUUACACUUUCCGAAAAGCAACUCUCCUCAUUAAUGAAUGAUGCCAUCAAUGUAUAUGGUCAAAUUGACAUUCUUGUCAAUAAUGCAGCAUUUGCAAUUUGGGGUUCAAUAGAAGAAACCUCUGAAGAAGAAACUGAAAAACUAUUUUCCACAAACUUCUUCGGUCCACUCAAGUUAAUUAAGGCUGUUCUUCCUCAUAUGCGUUCAAGAAGGACUGGAGUAAUUGUUAAUAUUAGCUCACUUGCAGGUGUCAGUGGUUUCAAGGCAUCAAGUUUGUAUCCAGCCACAAAGUUUGCAUUGGAAGGUUUAUCUGAAUCUUUGAAAGAUGAAGUUCAACAUCUUGGUAUUAAGGUUUUGGUAGUGGAGCCUGGAUUCUUUAGAACUGAGCUUGCUUCUCCAAAUAAUAUGGUUAUUGUGAAAAGAACUGUUUCUGACUAUGAUCAACAUUACAAUGAGUUUGAUUUGACUAGUAUUCAUCACAAACAAUCAGGUGAUCCAAAGAAACUUGCCGAAAGAUUAUUCGAUGUUGUUACUCAAAGUGGAUCUGCUCAAGGAAGAGAAAUUCCAUUUAGAUUACCAAUUGGUGAUGAUGCUUAUCCAUUUGUUUCAUCCAAAUAUGAGAAGAAUUUAGAGGAACUUGCCAAUAUUAAAGAUUUGACCUCAGGUACAAGUUUCCAAGAAUAA